AUGUCGGGACAAGCUUCGACUUCUACAAACACCCCUUCCGCGACAGUACAACCCGGAAGAGGAAAAGUCAAACUCCCAGACAAUUACACAGGCGACCGCAUUGAAUCCCAGAAAUUCAUGCUCCAAUGCCUCCUUCUUUUCGCAGCAGAAUCCGAUCGAUACAAGACCGAUCAAGACAAAAUAUCCCUUGUGCUCUCAUGCAUGAGAUACGGCACGGCGGGAGCUUGGGCGGAGAACUUCCUCCUCAAAUCAGUAGGAGCGGAUCCACCUACCGACCUAGGCACCUGGAAGGACUUUUUAGCCAAGUUCAAAUUACAGUUCAGGGAGACGGGCAAGACCGACAAGGCGCGAAGCGCACUUAUGGCCUUCUCCCAAGGACGAAUGACGGUUGAUGAAUACUCCAACCAAUUCAUUCUCAUCGCCGCCGAUGCCGACAUCUCCGAUAAAGAGCAAGUCCCUUACUUCCAACGCGGGUUAGACCCGCGCGUCAUGGACAAAAUAUACGACAAGGAAGUUCAGCCAAAGGAUACGAUUCAGGACUGGAUCAAUACAGCCUGCGAAAUAGAUGGACGACUUCGAGCCAGAACAGCUCAAAAAGCCAUCCUCGCCAACUCCACCUCCUUUCGAAGCGAUUAUCUGAAUCGUUUUCAUAACCAAAUCUCUCCCCGCUACAAUUCCACAAACGCCCCUCGCAGAA